AUUCCCCGAGGGAAGUUCCCAACGCAUUGUAAAACAUGUAGAAUGUUCAUUUGAGUGAAAUAUAUCAUUUCCUCUCUUACCUCGUGAAAAACAGCUAAGGCUGGAGCCGUCUCAAAAUAUCUCACAAAUGUAGGUCUCUCGGAACUUUUCGGCUGAAGGGCUCAUGAGCGAUCUGUCAGUGAUGGUUCUGAGGUCCGAGGUAUGGAGAAAAAUAUUGCUGACCAGCUCAACAAAGCCUUUGAAGCCUACCGCACAGCCUCCAUUGAGCGAGACAAUGCCAAGAGGGAACUGAAGCAAAAGACUGACUAUUAUGAAAGAUACACACUGAAGCUUCAACAGCAGAUAGAGGACCAAAAUCAACAGAUUUCUAGACUUCAAGCUCAAUUAAUUUCAGCAACAAAUCAUGCCUCAGGUGAGAUAAAGUGUUACGAGACUGGCCACCGAAAACAGGAAGCUGAGCCUUUGUCACCUCGCCCCAACAAGUCAUCCUCGCGGUCCUAUAGGACAAACCACUUCCUGGGGGAUGAUAUCAGGGACUGUUCGGGGAUGCAUCUUCACGCUGUUGCUGGAGUGAGUGGUAGUGAAACUGAAAACAUCCUUGAAGCCUUUCAGGAAAUUCAGGGGAAAUUCCAGCUGAUAAGGACGCUCACCAAAAAACAGAAAGAUCACCUGAAAAGAAUACACAGAGGGAAUGAUUCUGCAAAUGAGCCACAGUUCUCUAUGCCCAUCCAGUGCACGGACGUGACAGCCGAGCGGGCUGAGGCUUCCUUCUCUUCCUCCUCCUCGUCCUCUUCCUCCUCGGCUGUGGUGCGAGCCAGCGUGGACGAACCAGUGUCCGCUAGCUCGUUAGCUGCCGGUGGAUUAGCCGUUGGCCCGUUAGCCGUUAGCUCGCUAGCCUCACGUGGGGCCAACCCUGAGGACGGCGACUCUGUGGACUCACUCACCAAGCUAAGUGUUAAAUUCCCGCCGCAGACGGACAGUGAGUAUGACUUCCUCAACAGCACACCGGAGAAGCCUGUGGAGCUGCCCACGGGCACUGGGCACCGGACUGGCUUGCUGACGAGCGUGCUCCCCACUAUUGAGGAGCCCUCAAAGGAACCUUUUGCCUACCCAUCCUCUCUGCCUCCCUCGUCCUCCAUACCCUCAGUUACUUCAGAGAUGCUAGAGAGCGUACGUGGGCCUCAGCAGGCACUCUGGAGCCCUGAGCUGUGUGAUGCGGCGGCCGUAGCUGCACCGCCAGCCUGUGCGGAGCCGCACCAGCAGGAGAACUGUGCUUUCUGCCACGCCAGCGUACCCCAAGACCGCAUGUACAGCCACCUCAAUUCACACUUUAAGAACAGCGCCUGCAAUUGACACUAGACUCUCACCCCCCCUCCAAUAUUCCCCCCAUCCCCACCUCCAUCACAGACACACACACACGCAUGCACGCACGGACACACACACACACACACACACACACACACUCAAAUCUCACCCACCUCACAAGCCCCCAGGCUGGCAGAGGCCCCCUCGCCACCUCCAGGACAUAUGCAUGCUUCAUCCCAGGCUUUGUUGCCUGCCGCAGCGCAAACACAUGCGGCACAAGCCCCUGGAGCCUGAGUGUGCGUUCGCUUUCCACUCGCAAAGUGGGAGACCAGGAAGGCUCUCUCGUGUUAUUUAAUUUCGUUACUGUGAGGUACUGAGAGGUACAAUUUACAGUCCGAGUCUUUAUAUGUUUGAAACUUAUUUUUUUGUUUGUGUAAAGCUGUAGGCCUGUUUUGAGAAUAUGUAAUAAACCAAGCUUUGAUUGUGA